GGACCUCAGCCUCUUCUCCCCGCCUGGGGCCGCCGACGCAUCAGUGGUGGCUCUGCGCUUCCAAAAGGGGCCCUCCGCUUGCUCACUGGGCCAGACUGGCGCUGAGUCGUGAAACCCUACACAGCUCUCGCCGGUCCCUGAACAGGAUCACUCCUUCCCAGAGUUACGAACAACUUUCCCCUCUCCCUGGCGCCGCGGCGGCUCAGGUGCCUUGGCCGUCGCAGGUAGCUGAACCCCGGGCCACGCUCCCCGCGCCUGGGCUGAGCAUACACUCAGGUCGCUCCCUCUCUGGGUGCACGCUGGGGGUCCCUGACCUCGGCUCUGUGGGCACGAUGCCCCUAGGACACAUCAUGAGGCUGGAUCUGGAGAAAAUCGCCCUGGAGUAUAUCGUGCCCUGUCUGCACGAGGUCGGCUUCUGCUACCUGGACAACUUUUUGGGCGAGGUGGUGGGCGAUUGUGUCCUGGAGCGCGUCAAGCAGCUGCACUGCACCGGGGCCCUGCGGGACGGCCAGCUGGCCGGGCCCCGCGCGGGCGUUUCCAAGCGGCACCUGCGGGGCGACCAGAUCACGUGGAUCGGAGGCAACGAGGAAGGCUGCGAGGCCAUCAGCUUCCUCCUGUCCCUCCUCGACAGGCUGGUCCUGUACUGCGGGAGCCGGCUGGGCAAAUACUACGUCAAGGAAAGGUCCAAGGCGAUGGUGGCUUGCUACCCAGGAAAUGGAACAGGUUACGUUCGACAUGUUGACAACCCCAACGGCGACGGCCGCUGCAUCACCUGCAUCUACUAUCUGAACAAGAAUUGGGAUGCCAAGCUACACGGUGGGAUCCUGCGGAUAUUUCCAGAAGGGAAAUCAUUCAUAGCAGAUGUGGAGCCCAUUUUUGACAGACUCUUGUUCUUCUGGUCAGACCGCAGGAACCCACAUGAAGUCCAACCUUCCUAUGCGACCAGAUAUGCCAUGACUGUUUGGUACUUCGAUGCUGAAGAGAGGGCCGAAGCCAAAAAGAAAUUCAGGAAUUUGACUAGGAAAACCGAGCCUGCCCUCACUGAGGACUGACCCUGCUCUGAAAUCCGCUGGCCUCAUUCAUCUUAGUAACAGUUCCUGAAUUCUCUUUAAGAGUUGAGGAAGGCCUCUUCUGCAGGGACUCGGUGAUGAGAACCCCAUACUAUUGCUUGCAUCAUUCACAUCCCUGUCUUGCGUAUGGUACUUUGUGUUUUCUUGCCAAGACUGCAUCCACCUCCAGACACUUUGCCAGACGAACUCAUUUGCUAACUCCAGAAAUACCUGCAGACAACCUAGCUGGCCAGCGGUGGAAUUGAUAGAUUUGGUGAUCCUGGCUUUUGAAGCAAGAACCUGGAAGCAUGAGCGAGGGCAUGAAUCUUACUUGCACUUUAUGUACACUUCCUGAUUUGAAAGGAGGAGGUUUGCAAAGAAACAAAAUGGUGACAGAUGCCACGGCGAGGCAUCGCUGAAGCCUUAACAGAAGGAAACAGAAAUGUGUGUCAUCUGAACAAUUUCCAGAUGUUCUUAAUCCAGGGCUGUUGGGGUUUCUGGAGAAUUAUUGCAACCUAAUGACAUUAUUACCUCUAGAAAGGGCUGCUGUCAUAGUCAUCAGUUUCUAAAUCUCCAGGGACACUCCUUUUCCCUGGUCCUGCAACCUGGACUUUCUGCCUCUGCCCCAUUUUGAUGGAAUAGGUCAAUGCCAUUCAUUUUCUAGUAUCACUUCUUAUUUGGAGAACCUAAUUCCCUGGAGGCAAAAGUAGACAUUAAUUGUUUUGAUUGCUUUGUUGAAAGGAAAUUUGAAUUUAAAUCAAAGGGUGGGAGGGGGGAUCUUCCUGGUAGUUUGGAGCCAACAACCUCUGAUAAUGAUGUCAAAAGACCUAAUAUAUGUGCAUCUUGAACAGUUUGAGACUGGAGAUGGAGUUGGAACUGUGGACGUUCCUAUUUUUCAGUUUUCCUUUUUAAUGGCCUCACCCUUCUUUAAUUUAACAAAGUAAGAAAAUCACAAAAACUAGGGUGCUGAAAUGUUAAAAGGAAAUGGAAAUAAAGCAAAAAAUCCUGAAAAGCUGCUUGAGUUCUUCCACAUUUUCUGUCCCUAGUAGCCUCUUCUCAGCAGACUGGACCCUCCAGAUCCACUGUGGUUGGUAGUAUGGCUGGAAUUGUGGAAUUUGCUAGAACUGUGGAAAGUUCUACUGCAGUGAACACAGAUUCCGCUGCCUGCAGAAUUCUGUAUUGAGUCCAUGAAGGUUACUCUAGUUUCCAGUUCUAUUUUCAUAUUUGUUAAAUCCCUGUAAUUUCUUGCUUGAAAACCCUAUGCACAUUAAGGGGCCAGAAACAUUUUGUCACUUAACAGAUGAAUAGACUUUCCCAGAAGGAAGCAUAUUUUCGUGUGUACCUGGCUUUGGAAAAUUUUCAGAUAAGACUUGUCUUUUUUUUCUCACGAGUGCUCUAUAUUUUUUUUCCCUAUAGUACUCAUCACCUUCUAAGUUACUAUGUAAAUUACUUAUUUAUUAUGUUCAUUGUCUUGCAUCCUUCCUCUAGAGUGUAAGCACAAUGAAGACAGGGAUUUUUGUAUGUGUUCAACCAGUGGAAUGUAUUCCCAGCACCUAAAAUAGUGCUUGGCACAUAGUAAGGGCUCAGUAAAUACUUGUUGAAUAAACGCUUGCCUUAGUAUUUUAAUUGUUUGAUUUAUUUCCUCUAUCUUGGGCAGGAUGGGCUUGGUAGAAUUUUUGCGCAUGUGUCUUUCUGUCAUUGUUGACUUUAAGUUUAGGCUAAGAAUUUUAGGAAGCUUUGAUCAUAGUGUCCUUUCAUAUUAUCUGUUUGAAGAGGUCAUUGGCAACUAUGAAUCUGAAGAUUGAACAAAGAGGAUUCUGCCCUUCUAUGUCCUGGAACUACAGGAGUACGGAGAACUUCAGAGAGGAUAGACUGCAUUCUUCCUUUGGAAAAAUUUUGAAAACCUUCAACAACAGAGAAAGAAAGAAGGUUGUUUACUAAGAGUUUUAUAUUCUGUAAAAUGGUAGCUAAGUUUUUUCCAUGAUAACUAUCAUAGUGAGAAUGAUGAUGAUAUUCUGAAAGAACAUUGUUACAAAAUAUCAUUACAAUAGUAUGUCUUGUAUCUUUCACUUAGUCAAUAUUUUGAGUUACCCAAAGAUCAGACCUCAUAUGCUUUGCCUUCCAGACAAAGGUCCUAUAACCAAAUAAACUAUAUAUAUAUCAAAUCAA